AUGGUCCUCGAGCGAUGGCAAGAAUUGUUUAAUACAUCACCGAGCAAUACUACUUGGCAAGAUACGGAAGAAUUGAAUGUCCUAUUACUUGAUGACAUUCACAAUAACACCCAAAAUUGUGGUCUUGUACUUCCGCAAUCAACUGCAACAAGUCCAGCACGGAAGAAGCUUGUCAUUGUUUCGGAAAUUAAUAACAACACUCUAGAAAAUAGCUAUUUCUCCAUUUCAUGUCAGAAUAGCUUUGUCUUGUUGUCGGAAGCGUAUCAAUUGGUCGAAUUGAAAUAUUUGAAUUUGAGGAACAUGUCAUUUGUCUUUUCAUUGCAUGAGAAAACAUUUAAUGUUAUUAAUGAUAAGGUGAGAACAGUUGUAACCAUCACACAGAGUAGAAUUGAGAAUGUGAAACAUUUAUUUGAUGGAACAGGUGAAGUCAAUUAUCCAAGUUUACUAAUUCACAAUUCGAAUAUAAUCGAUAGCACCAUUGAAUGUGGAUAUCAUUGUUCAGUUUUAAGUACAAGUGUUCAGAGAAGAAUGUCCUCUGUGCGUGACGAUCUCGUGGAGUUGGAUUUCAUGCUGCUUUCUGAAGUUUUUGCGUAUUUUAAUGACGUGCAUUUCAGGUUGAUUUUUGACAUACCAACAAUGAACCAUACCACACCAGCAUCAUGCUCAGAUUCAGUUGGAAAACAUGCCUUCAUUUCCGGUACCAAUACAAGAUCUGUCACAAUGAUUAAUUCAUCCAUGGUUAGUGACAAGCAGUGUAUUUUUUCUGGAAGAGUAUGCUCUGGAUACUCAACCAUUAAUUGUAUUGGUUGCAAUCACUUUUCAUUACGAAAUACCACCAUGGAUACGGUGGGAAACGUGGUUUACAAAACUAUCGUUAGCGAUUCCACAAUAAUUUCUGGUUUUUACCUUGUUGAUGUUGAGCUAAGAAAUACCAAAUGUAGCCAUGUUGCCAUUCAAGGAGCGAACAAUGUUAAAAUUUCAAGAUCAAAUUUUGUGGAUAAUUUGAGCGUAGAUGGAUGGCCAAUACUGGAAAUUUCUGAUGCAGACACCGUCGAGGUUAAGAAUGCAAACUUCACUAAUAAUGACGGUGGAGCACUGUUUUUACAAAACAUUGGAAACGUGAACAUUCAAGACUCUCUAUUCCAUAGAAUGAUGGGUCCAGCAAUUAGAUACCUUGAUAUUCAACAAUAUUCUUCUCUUGAUUUGAACGCUUUUGUAAUUUCAAACACUGUAUUUUCUAACAACAAUGCUCAACACGGUGCAGCAAUCAACUCCAAUAGCUUGGGUGUGACAAUAUUGAAUUGUACCUUUUCUGAAAAUACUGUGUCGCGUCACGGUGGAUCGAUAUACAUUACUGAACAAAGUGAAAACUCCAACAAGGUGAUGGUUAUUAAUAAUACCCAAUUUUUCGAUGGUAGGAACGUUUUUCCAUCAAGUUUUGGAGGAUUCAUUUACGCCACCUCUGAAGUAGGAAGCGUUUCGAUAUAUAACUCGACAUUUUCUCAUGCAAGUAGUGAAGACAGUGGUGGCUGCAUUUACUUGGAUGUACCUUCGACCGUGCUGAACUCAGUUUAUACCUCAUCAUGCUACUCAAAAUAUGAUGGAGGUGGAAUAUUCUUUGAGAAAGGUACUGUUGUCAUGCAACAGUCCAAAGUCAGUCAUUGCAAGAGUGAAGGAUAUGGAGGAGCUUUAUACAUGAAAGCAGGAGUUUAUGCCUACAUUUCACAGUCCACCUUUGAGUUUUCACAUUCGGCCCAAGGCAGAGCUGGCGGGUUGUACGGUGAGAGAAAGACAGGUUUUACAAUUGACAAUUGUUUGUUCAUUUCAAAUACUGCAACCAUAAGAGGAGCAGCAAUUUAUCAUUCGAGAGGAAAUGAUUUGACUAUUUUAAAUUCUAGAUUUAUUGGAAAUAGAAUUUACUACAGUACAGAGAGUUCAUACGCUGAGCAAGGUCCAUCAGGAGCUGCUAUAUUUGUUUAUUCAGCAAGAAGCUUCUUGAUGUCAAAUUCAACCUUUGAAGGAAACGCUAUUGACCAUAAUCCUGAAAUGGAAGGAAGAGGAGGUGCCCUUCUAUUGACACCAUCCGUCUCAUCCACACAACUUUCAAAUGUCACGUUUAUCAAAAACUCGGCAGAAUCUGGUGGAGCACUCUACAUUUAUAAUUUGGAUUUUCCAUCAUCGAAAUUUUCUUUGGAUAAUUUAAGAUUUAUUGGAAAUCGUGCAAUAAGGCAAGGAGGAGCGAUCUUCCUUGUAAAUACUGUCAGUACUGCAAUUGCAGACCUGUGCAAGAACUCUUAUUUCGACGAUAAUUAUGCAGAAUUAUACGGAGACAAUUAUGCCUCAACUCCAAAAGUUUUGACGCUGUCUAACAAUGGAUGGAUGCCAGAACAACUAUUUUAUCAAUUCCCUCUUGACAUGAUUCGAGACUCGCUUGUGGAUAGCAAGGUCUUUAAGAGUGAGCCAAAAACUCUGUAUUCCGGCCAAAAGUUAUCUCUUAAAAUUGACGCGUAUGAUUUGUUCAACGAAAGAAUGGAAAAUAUAAGAGGUGUGGACAUUGAUUUAAUUUUAACAUCCUCUCUAAAUUCGACAUCAAAAGAAGGCAAAGUCUAUUAUGCAACUACCUUCUCCAAUGACACGGCUACUUUUUCAAAUAUCACCAUCUUUGGAAAUCUCAAUUCAACCUUGUAUUUGUAUUUCUCCUGCAAGAGCGUGAUUCGAGAAUUUAGCAUUCCAGUACAAAUACUUCCUAAUUGUCCAGUUUUUUACAAUUAUGAUAUAACAGAAUGCACACCGAAUUACAAUGUGCAAAGCGUGUUUUUGAUCAUCAUUGGAUCAGUGGUUGCUUUUGUGUUUACAUUCAUUGUAUUGAUGACUGGAUGUUGCUACUAUUUCUUGAGGAAGAAGUUGAAAGAACUUAAACGAAGAGAACAAGCAGAAGAGGAUUUACAACGUCGUCUGUUGCAAUAUCAAUUAAUUUCUUCAAAGAAUAGUUUGAAAGAAUCUCACACAUCCAUAUCAUCGGGAGCUCAAGAAAAAACCUGGGUCAUUAAACCUGAAGACUUGAAGAUAAAAGAAAGAAUUGGGCAAGGAGGAGAGUCUGUCAUCUUUAACGCAACAUGGAUGAAUAACAUUGUUGCAGUUAAGAGAAUUCACGUUGAUACAUCUGCUCUCGAAGACGACGAAGUGAAAACGGAGACCAUUAAUACGACAUUUGAAAAAGAAGCAUAUAUAUUAAGUACUCUCCGGUUUCCAAACAUUGUCACAUUUUAUGGAAUUGCCAUUACUCCCAGCGAUCGAUUCAUUGUGAUUGAAUACUGCUCGGGCGGAAAUUUACGAAAAAAAAUUCACGAAAGUAAGAAGAAGAAACAUCCAUUGAGUAUUGCUCAAAAACUGAACUAUCUCCUAGAUAUUGCUUAUGGAAUGAAAUAUUUACAUUCCUUGGAUCCACCAUUGAUUCAUCGUGACUUGAAACCUGAAAAUAUUCUUAUUGCAGAGAAUAAUGUUUGUAAAAUAUGUGAUUUUGGUUUGGGAAGGGAAUUCUCAUCAGAAGCAACCACGAUUAUGACCAGUCAAAUUGGAACACCUACGUAUAUUGCACCUGAAAUUAUUCUAGAUCAACAUUAUACAGAAAAAUGUGACGUUUAUAGUUUUUCCAUUAUCAUGUGGGAAUUACUUUUUGAGGAAAAGGCAUUCAGUAAGGAAAGUUUUGAUGUCAUGAGAGAAUUCAUGGAAGCACACAAAGAUCUCAUUUCUUCAAAACCCUACGAACCCAUUGAUUUAGGAAAAGAUACAAAUAUUGACGACCGAGAAUUAGGAACAAGUACAGAAAAGGUGAGAUUAUUGGACAUUGAUGAAGCAACUCAAGUUCCUGCUUCCCCCACCGAAUCGCCUUCUCCACAAAUUGAAGAGGAACCAUUCAAUUCAUUCAAAGUACCAAGUUUUAACAUGUUGUCCAUGACCAAAGAAAUUGUCAAUGGCUUACGACCAAUAAUUCCUUUCAGAAUCAAGAAAACGUUUAAUAUUCAAUCGAGUUCAGAUCUCCAUGAGAAUAUGAGUUCAUCGUCAAGAAAGUUCAUGCAACUUGAUCCUUUAUUGAAACAAUACGUUCGAGAGAAUUUAUUGGAGAAGGAAAAGGGUACUAGCUUCUUUUUAUCUUCCAAGAGUAUGGAGACCAAAGUUUGCUUAAUUGUUAAGGAAUAUUGUGAGCUAAUGAUCCAGUGUUGGGAUGAGGAUGCAAAGAGACCAAGUUUUUCAGAAAUUUGUGAACGUUUGUCGAAUUGCGCCAAGAUUUUGUCUUAG